AGAGAACCGCUUCUCUGAAACUGACAAAAAUGGCAAUCACCGUGACAGAUUUCCUACGUGAUCGGGGGGUUCCAGAAGAAGCACUCACACUAAUCGAGGAGCAAAAGAUCGACAGGGAUGUCAUUUUGCUUAUGGACGAUUCAGCUUUGGCUAACUACAUUCCCUCAUAUGGAGACAGAAUUGCUCUUUUUAAUUUUUGCAAAAAUCAGAAACCUGUCUCAAAGCGAAAAAUGGGCCUUUUUGAAAAGCUCAGAGAAAAAAUGAAACUAAGAAGGGAAACCAAACAAAGUGAAGAGGAGCCUAAAACCUCUAAAUCCAACUCUAGACGAAGAGUCAUUAGACGGACUAUUGAGAUAGGUUGGAUACACCAAGACAAUAGUGAAAUCAAACAGGUUAGAGCAAAGCAAGGAGGAGGGACCAGAAAAGUUGUUAUGAACAUCAGUGGUGGAUAUAAUGACAUCCUGAAAGAAGGGAAAAGUCUUUUUUUCCCAAAUGGUGUUUCAAGUAAAGGCCAUGAAUCAGAGUUUGAUGUUUGGGAUUUUCAGCAAAAUUCCUUAUCUGGUGACAUCUCAAUUGGCACAAUAUAUGACACCGUCAAACUUCCCAUGCUGCGUUUCUACAUUGCCACAAAGCCACAAUCAGUUGUAGAUGUUUCUUCCACUGAAUCAGAACACACUGAUGUUAAUUCUAACUUUGAUGGCCAGGAUGACAUUAUUGAAUUUUCUGACAGCCAGUCCUUUUCUUCGGCACCCAAUUACUCAGAUAACAAUCAGGAGAGUCCUCAUCAGCAAGUUGUCUCAGACCAGUCAAUUGUUACAAAUCAGCCAGUCACCACAGAUCCCAUGGUGGCUUCAGAGGUCCAUUUUAUCUUACCAGAGAUAUUAUCAGAUGAUGCAGUUGUUCUUCACGACUAUGUAACACUGGGAGAAAAUCCACAUAUUAUCUCUGACCCAGAGAUUACAUUUGGCCCAAACCCAGAAGAUGAUUUUGAUAAUGCUGACACACUGAUUUUUCAGCCUGAAACACCUGACCAUUCACCUCAAACAAAAAUGCUAACCAUACACCACGCAAAUUGUUUCAAUGAUAUGAUUGAAGCAUUUUCUGACCCAGACACUCUGACUACACAACUGACAGUGAGGCGACUACUUCCAGAUAAUUCUGAGGAAGCUGGUAGUGGCUCAGGGGUACUCAGAGAUAUCUUUAGUGCCUUUUGGCAAGAAUUCUAUGAUCGUUGCACUCUUGGUACAUCGGUGAAAGUGCCCUUCAUCAGACAUGAUUUCAAGGCUGACACCUGGAAAGCUAUUGGCAGAAUUUUCUUGAGAGGAUACCAAGAUUGCCACUACCUUCCCAUCAAGCUUGCAUCCCCUUUUGUUGAGGAGAUGUUAUUUGGAGUAGUGUACAGUCACCUGACAGAAGUCUUUCUUCAGUUUGUAAGCUGCCAGGAGCGAGAGAUCCUCAGACAGGCUUUACAGGACUUCUCUUCCAUCGAAGCUGAUGACCUUCUUGAGGGCUACUUCAAGUACAUUUCUCACAAGCUGGGUUCUAAGCUAUCAGCAACUGCAUAUCUGUUUUAA